AUGGUUAUAGUUAGUGCCAUUAAGCGCUACAUUGUAUUUCCCUGGAAGAAUGUUAAAUACUACAACACUGAGGACCAGGUCUACAUCUACAUCUACUACUACAUCUACACCUACGCCUACAGCUACGCCUACAGCUACAUCUAUGUCUACAUCUACAUCUACAUCAACAUCAACAUCUACAACUACACCUACACCUACAGCUACACCUACGGCUACAUCUACACCUACACUAUAUCUAUAUCUACAACUGCAGCUCCAGCUCCAGCUACAUCUACAACUGCAUCUACAUCUACACUUACAAUUACAGCUCCAGCUACAUCUACAACUAAAUCUACAUCUACACCUACAACUAUAGCUCCAGCUACAUCUACAUCUAAAUCUAUGUCUACACCUACAAUUACAUCUACAUCUACAACUACAUCUACGUCUACAUCUACAUCUACGUCUACAAUUACAUCUACAACUACAUCAACAUCUACAACUACAUCUACGUCUACAACUACUUCUACACCUACAACUACAUCUACGUCUACAGCUACAUCUAUGUCUACAUCUACAACUACACCUACAUCUACAACUACAUCUACAACUACAUCAACAUCUACAACUACACCUACAGCUACAUCUACAACUAGAUCUACGGCUACAACUACAUCCACAAGUACAUCUACAACUACAUGUACGUCUACAUCUAUAUCUACAUCUAUAACUAUGCAUCAGAAAAGAAAGGGAUGACGCUAAUUGCCUGUGGACGGAGAGGUAAAAUAUGGGUUGAUUUUUCUAAAUGAGGAAGUUGUCAUUCAUUUCCAUUGUCUCAAAGACCCUGACAUUCUUACAAAUUCUAUUGUUUCAACUGUUUUGAUGUUCCAUGUAACAAUGUGCAAUAUAUUUUCAGGUGAGAGGGAAAAGACAAACUUACUGCAUACCACUAAAGUAAGUAGGAUCUGGGAAAAGGGGAGAAACAGGUAUUUAAUUAAGUAUUUAGUUCAAAUACUUGUGACUAAAACCUCAAAAGUCUUACACAUGAUGACCCAGUACACACACACACACACACACAAGAGCACACACAACAGAACAAAAAAGUUUCAUGAAACAAUAAUUGCCCUUAAAUCUUUGUUCUUAUUUCUCUUCUCCCGCCCCUUCGUUUUCCUCUUCCUGUUAGUCCUUUAAAA